ACUCCCUACAUUAAUUCAUGUAUAUAAAUUAGUUGCCUCAUCCAUCUCUUUAAUUUGUGAACUUAACUUGUUUUGAACAUUACGUGAGAUAAGAGAAUGGCUUUUACAAAUACCUCCUUUGUGGCUUUCAUGCUUUUGAUCAUCACAUCCAUAUUGGUCCAAUGCAGUUUUACUUAUGCCAGCGGUAAUGACUUUGACACCAAAAAACAAAAUUUUCAAGAAAAAUUACUGUCCAAUAAUAUUGGCAUUCAAGGCCUUGUUUAUUGCAAAUCUGGCUCUAAACUCAUCCCACUUGAAGGGGCCGUUACAAGGAUAAGGUGUGAAGCUGUAGAUGAAUAUGGAUUUGAAACAAAACCAUACUCUUUUUUAAGUGAUGCAACCAAUGCAAAAGGCUAUUUCCUUGCAACAUUGUUUCAGCAAGAGCUCAUUGCAGAAAAGAGGGUGUUGAAGGAGUGCAGGACUUUCCUUGAUGCAUCUCCUUUGGACAACUGCAAUUAUCCUACUGACUUUAACAAAGGAAUCAGUGGUGCUGAGCUUCUUUCUUAUAGCUUCCUCCAUGAUAAGAAGAUGAAUUUGUAUACUGUAGGACCUUUUGUUUUCACCAACACCCAAAUCAAUCUCUGAUGGGUAUUAGUUAGAUGAUUGGAAUGGAAUCUCCAGUUAGCUCUAGGCUCAUUGGUGAUUCAUUUUUCUAAAUGUGUUUGAUGAUUGUUUUCCAUUUUGUAUACUCUUCUCCUGCUGGCUAGUUAUGUGAUUUGACUUUUGUCUUC